CUUGCAUCUCUGUCCAAAACAGGUUAAUGUUAGGCUUGUACGCUAAGCUAUACAGUGAUUUGCCUGUUUAUACAUCUGGGUAAUUUUUACUGUAUCAAUUCAGUGCAAGUACUGUGAAAAAGGGCACUACAGCAGGUGCAGGGCUUCGAACCCAGCUUCUUUGAGUGGAAGCUGGCUGCUGUAGUUAGUACAGCACUGAUCUGUGAACAACUCGUGCUUUACCUCCGCAGUCAUGUGAUCUCAUUGCGGUUAACGUCCUCCAGAGGCAGUUUCUAUGUGGGGUCAUCGUGUUCUGGGGGAUGAGUCAGGUGCACAGAUAGUGGUGAUAAUUUCAGUUGACAGAAUGUUGGUUUUUACCCGAGUUACGAUGGAGGAUGCAGGGUGGACGCUGCAUCCUCCAGUUGAAUUCAAGUGAGGUUCUGCCAGGUGAGCCGAACACGGGUUUGGAAAGCUGGCUAGGCGGUUCUCGGGCUGAACCGUAGACUGUGUGUAGGUGAGGGUGUGUGAUGCUCUGCGAGCUGGCGUGUCCCCUAUGCUCAAUCUUUGUAUGUACUUCUCCUCGCGUCCACCUUGACCCUUGCAGUCUCUCGAAGGCAUGACCACGGAUGUCUCUCAGAUGCACGUGUGCACCCCUCUGCUCCAUGGGCCACAGAACACGGGCUACACCUACGCCCACAGCUCCAGCUACUCGUCGAAAGCCCUUGAUUACGAGAGAGAAAACAACACUGGCCCUGCGUUCAGCACGCCCAGGAUGUCCCGCAGGAGCCUGCGGCUGCACGCCAUGGACGGUCGCCGUGGCGACGAGAGCCCGGCCGACCUGUCGCUCAACCGCAGCAUCGGCUACAGCAGCAGCGCGUCCGGUCGGAGGGAGUCCAGGAUGCUGAGGAAGCAGAAGGAACGGCAGCAGCCGCCCCAGUCGAACGUCCAGCUGCUGCUGUCCACGCCGCUCAAGUCCCAGGGACCCGGCAGCCUGCGCAGCUGCACGGCCAGCGACGCCUCCCUGCUCUCCAGCGUGCUGGACGAGUCCUCCACCCUGGCGGAGAGCUUCUGGGACCACACAUUGACCGCAGGCUGCAGCGAGACCGCUGACCACAGCGUGGUGUCGUCAUCCAGCGGGAACAUCCACUCGGCGCAGACGCAGACCACCAUGGUGAGCGGCUACAUCUGCGGCGACUGCCAAGGCGAGCGGCGGGACGCCCCCUCCGCCCCUUCCUCGCCCCCCCCGCCGUCCUCCACGGUCUACUGCCGCAAAAACAAGCCAGGUGCGCUUCCAUCGCUCUCGAACACCUGCCUGCGCUACGGCAGGAAGGCGGCUGCAGCCGUCGUUUCCAUAGUAACCGUGCUGUUGUGGACCCUUCUGCCCAAGAUCUACAGAGGAGGGAAAGGUGUCCUGACGUAUCUCUCCGGUGUAGUCCUGCGGGUCGGAUCGAAUGCUGCUGCCGCUUCGGCGACCCUAACGCAACGCCUGACGUUAACGACGGGGGAUCGGGGACGAGCUGCCGUGGAUGGAGUUUACUCCGGUAACCGCGGCAACAGGAACGCCAGGGGUGUGACAGCUGAUGGGAAGAUGACUGGACCUCUCUGGAAGGCUGCCACGGGUGUGUUCCGGUGGGUCGGGACGACGUGGUACCAGCUGGCGAGCCUCAUGUCCUUGCUCGACGUUUUCGUCCUGACGCGGUGCCUUCCGAAGCUGUACAGACUGCUGCUGUUCCUCCUGCCUCUGCUUCUCUUCCUGGGUCUGUGGCACUGGGGUCCGUCCAGCCUCCCGGGGUUCCUGCCCAUCGGCGUGACGCAGUGGCGGGUCGCACCCGCUACCCAUGUGGAGGUGGACAGCGUAGAGGGGACGAGUCGCCAGGCUGCGGUCGCACCUGCGCAGAGCGUCACUGCUGGUUCCAGCGGGUCGGAGCGCCUGGCUUGGCUGGAGCGACGGCUAGAGCAGCUGUGGGAAGACGUGCAGCUGGGCGGUCGGAGACGGGAGCGACUGCACGCCGACAUCUUGGCUCAGCAGCAGGCCCUGCGUGAGCGCAUGGAGGAGAUCACGGACCGGGCCGCCCUUGGGCGCUGGGUCUCCGACCUCAUGGAGCAAAGGCUGGCCGCCCUGAGGGCAGAACUGCAGCAGGGGGUGCCGCGGGCAAUGCAGAGCUCCGCGUCCCGCCUGGCCGAGCUGGAGCAGCAGCUGCGGACGCUGGAGACCAAGACCGAGGAAGUGCUGCGAAGGCGGGCCACGCUGAUCGCACCUCCGGCCAGCGCUGCUGUAGCUGUCCAAGGCGACGCCCACCGUACCCUCAUGGCACAGGUGCAGAGGCUGGAGGCGGAGCUUGGCCGUGUGCGGCAGGACCUCCAGGGGGUGAUGGGAUGCCAGGGCAGGUGUCAGCAGCUGGAUGCCCUGCAGGAGACGGUGUCUGCGCAGAUGAGGCAGGAGCUGCGGAUGCUCUUCUUCGGCCCCGAGCGGGGGCACGAGGUGCCGGAACCCCUGCUUCCGUGGCUGUCCGCGCACUUCGCGAGGAGCUCCGACCUGCAGGGGACGCUACUCGAUCUGGAGCGCUCCAUCCUGAGGAACGUCUCCCUGCGAUCGGAGCGCAGCGGGCGGCCGCCCUGCCCACGGACCGUGGCCGACGCGGUGGGGCGCACCGCGGGGGCUGCUGGGAUGUCGGAGGAGCAAGUGCGGCUCGUUGUGAAGAACGCGCUGAAGCUCUACUCCCAGGAUCGGACUGGUCUCGCUGACUUUGCCCUGGAGUCCGGAGGGGGCAGCAUUCUGAGCACGCGCUGCUCGGAGACCUUCGAGACCAAGACGGCGCUCAUGAGCCUGUUCGGCCUGCCGCUGUGGUACUUCACCCAGUCGCCCCGCGUAGUCAUACAGCCUGAUGUCCACCCAGGGAACUGCUGGGCCUUUAAAGGCUCCCAGGGUUACCUGGUGAUCCGCCUCUCCACGAGCGUGUUCCCUACAGCCUUCUCGCUGGAACACGUCCCCAAGGCUCUUUCCCCAGCCGGCAACAUCAGCAGCGCCCCCCGACACUUCUCGGUCUACGGCCUGGAAGACGAACAGCAGGAUGAAGGGAAGCUGCUGGGGAGCUAUACCUAUGCUGAGGAUGGUGAUUCCCUGCAGACCUUCCCUGCAACGGAGGACAAUGACCAGGCUUUUCAAAUAAUCGAGCUGCGUGUUUUGUCCAAUUGGGGUCACCCGCAUUACACCUGCCUGUACCGCUUCCGGGUGCACGGGGAGCCCCGGCCCACGUGAAGAACCGCCUGCCUCCAUACUUCAUUCAGUCCAGCCUUUAAAUCCCGGUCCCUGUAGCAGAGAACUUCCUGCAGAGGGGCAGUGGUCAGUCAUGAGUUGACAUGAACUGAAGGGGAUUAUAUGUAAUUGGUGAUCAUAUGUCGGGGGGGGGGGGGGCACCAUGAAGUUACUGCAAGAUGUAAUAAAUCACUGAAUCAGCACAUGAGGUGGGGGUGCCCUAAUGGAGACUGUAAAAUAUUAAACCCACCAUGGACUUUCCAAGGCUGAUUCUCCUCUCUAGGCUGCAGUGCUGACGACUCUGCACUGAAGCCCCCAGAUGGAUCCAGGUCUCGGGGACUGAAAACCGCACCCCUCCAUUCUGCACUUGAGGGAAUCUAUGUCCUCGACCUCUAGCGCUACUUCGUUUUUGUGUUUGGAUGGUUUCUACUUGUCUGUCCGUGCGUUUUGCAUCCCCCGCUCGAUGCUUUAAAUAGAAACAACUGCGUCUCAGCCUCGGUUCUGCCAACCAGCUGGUUUCUUUCACUGGUGUAUGUUGCACAUUAAAUCCAAAUUCAAAGCACAUCCUGACUGUAAGGAUUCGGCAGCAUCACCAACAAGAGAAGUGUAAGACUGAGAAAUGCUGAUGUGCCCAAGCCGUGAUCUUCAGAUUCUGCUUGUUGCAGCAUGAUGAUGAUGAUGAUGUGUAAGCGCUGUAUGGCCUUGGGUAAAAAUGUGGGGAAAACCUCCCCAGUUCAGUUUGUGACUAUGGUAAAAUAGAGAUCAGCUACUUGAGCUAAAGCCGCCUGUUAUAAGUUGGAGGCUGUUGUCUUAGGGCCUGUCAUUUUGCGUAGUCCCUUCUGUUCACCAGCGAUUCCAAGUCACGGGGGAAGGAAACGACACUUUGCUAACAGCUUAUUGAGUCUUUCAUAUUGGUGAUUGCUACACAAAAAAAUCGGAUCGAUCUCGUAUCUUUAAAUUUGCAGUGAUCGUACCGGGCAGUUCAUCCAGAUGCUCAACAUUAUAUUAAGUUGUGAAAGUCAAGCUGCGUCUGCCAGUUUUGUGGAAUUAUAUAAUUUAUACAUACCUACUUGCUAAAAAUCUUUAUUUUUGUAAAGAAUUUAAAACUUUUGUAACUUUUCAGAUUGUAUAGGUGUGUUUUUACAUAUUUGCUUUUAUUU